AUGGGUGGUGUCUUGUGCUGCUGUUCUCCACCCGUCGAUUUCGAUGGUGAGGUGGAUCUGUAUCACUUUGAUUUGAAUCGAGCAGUGGGGCGCGGUGCCUUUGGCAAGGUGAGAAUUGUUGAACACAAGCAGACGAAGCAGCUGUACGCCUUGAAGUACAUAGAUAAGGCCAGGUGCCUAAAGCAGAAGGCGGUCGCGAACAUCAUACAAGAACGUCGUUUGCUGGAAGAGAUUGACCACCCAUUUGUUGUCAACUUGCGAUACGCCUUCCAGGACGACGAAAACUGCUUCUUCGUAUUGGAUCUUAUGCUUGGUGGGGAUUUGAGAUUUCAUUUGGAGCGCUUAGGCCGCAUCCCGGAGAACGUUGUGCAAUUCUGGACAGCAGAACUUUCCUCUGCGCUGGCUUAUCUUCAUAGACAGCGCAUCAUUCAUCGCGACAUCAAGCCCGACAACAUACUGCUGGACGCGAUGGGUCACGUACACAUCACUGACUUCAAUGUAGCCAUCCAUUACUCUGAGCGCCGGCUCCACACCAGCGUAGCAGGUAGCAUGGCGUACAUGGCUCCCGAGAUUGUUGGACGCAAAGGCUACACCUGGUGGAUCGACUGGUGGAGUAUGGGUGUUGUGAUUUGGGAACUUCUCUUCAGACGUCGCCCAUUCGACGGGCGCACACACGAGAAGAUGAAAAGCUCGAUCAUGAAGGAUCCAAUUAAAUUACCUUCAAUCGCGGACCAAUAUUGCAGCCCGGAAGGUCAAGAUGUGAUUAUGCAGUUACUUGAUCGGAAUCCAAGGACUCGACUAGGGUGCAAGAGUCUGCGUCAAGGGAUCGCCGACAUUCAUUCGCAUCCUUGGUUUGCCUCCAUCGACUGGGAGAGUUUGGAAAACAAGGAAUGCCAACCACCAUUUUCAAUCGAUAUGAACAAGCUCAAUUUUGACGUCUCACACGAGUUGGACGAGUUUUUGAUGGUGGAGAGGCCGCUCACGCAUUCGCGACGAAAAGCCCAUCCCAACCUCGAGAAGAUGAAGCCCGAGAUGCGACAACUAGUAGAACAGUUUACGGUGUACGACUACUCGAAGACUAAACGAAUUUCAUACUAUCCGCACAACGAGCCUAUCAUCACCGCCGGUCACACAAUCGACACCGAACCUGAGCCCGUCAUGCUAUCAGCUACUAACUCUGUGCAGCCAACGGAGUCAAUCGUCGAACGCUCGCACGUUAACACGCUAUCGGGAGAGGGUGACAGACCUGGGCAUAGUACCCCUCAUUCGCGCUCGGGCAGCCCGGAUCCUGCCGUAUCAACGCGCGGAUCACGGUAG